AUGGCGGUGCGCUGGGGCAUCGUGUCAGUCGGUUUUAUCUCCUGCGACUUCACGACCGUGCUGCAGCUGCCUCGCUCCGAGCACCAGGUGGUGGCGGUAGCAGCCCGAGACCUGAGCCGGGCGAAGGAGUUUUCGAGGAAACAUGACAUCCGCAAGGCCUAUGGGUCCUAUGAGGAGCUGGCCAAAGACCCGAAUGUGGAGGUGGCCUACAUCAGCACCCAGCAAGUCCAGCACAAGGCCGCAGUGUUGCUAUGCCUGGCAGCAGGCAAGGCCGUUCUGUGCGAGAAGCCCAUGGGCAUGACCUCUGCGGUUGCCGAAGCCCAAUCCUGAGACUUCUUUCUCAUGGAGGGCAUCUGGACACGCUUCUUUCCUGCUAUAGAAGCUCUGAGGUCGGCCGUGUCGGGGGAUCUCCGGGUGGCUCGGGCAGAAUUUGGGAAGGACCUCACCGGCAUACCCCAGAUCAUAGACAAGGCCCAGGCUGGCGGUGCCCUGUUGGACUUUGGUAUCUACUGUGUCCAGUUCAUCUCCAUGGUCUUUGGUGGGCAGAAGCCCGAGAAGAUUUCAGCCAUGGGCAGGCUCUAUGAAACAGGUGUGGACGACAGGGUCACCGUGCUCCUCCAGUACCCAGGAGAGCUCCACGCCAGCUUUGCCUGCAGCAUCUGUGCUCCGCUCUCCAACACGGCCUCAGUGAGCGGCACCAAGGGCAUGGCCCAGGUCCUCGAGCCCUGCUGGUGCCCAGCAGAGCUGGUGGUGAAGGGAGAGUGUAAGGAGUUCCCGCUGCCCCCUACCCCAGGCAAGGAACUCAAUUUUCCAAAUGGAGCGGGCAUGGUUUAUGAGGCCAAGCAUGUCCGGGAGUGCUUGCGAAAGGGUCUGAAGGAAAGUCCUGUGAUGCCCCUGGCGGAAAGUGAACUCCUGGCUGACAUCCUUGAAGAAGUGAGGAAGGCCAUUGGAGUCACCUUCCCCUAA